AUGUCUAGGAAUUAUGACAACUGGGAUAGGUUGGUGGGAGCUGUGCUGCAGCGAGAGCGGGAUCGGGAAGUGGCCCGAGCCGAUUCAAGAAGCACAAGCUCCAGUUCCAUUUCCAUAUCAUUGGAUUUUGACGAACUAUCCUUGAGUUUGCCAAGAGAAGAACAAAAUGUUGAAAAUGGAAGAAGGAAUUCAAAAUUAGAUUCAAGUAACAGUUCUUACAUAGCCUCCUCCAGCACUAAAGAUGAAUAUAGGGGAUUGCCGAGUGCAAAACGGAUCUUGAACGAGCUCAAGGAUAUUCAGAGGGAUCCUCCUGCCUGUAUCAGUGCUGGUCCUGUAGGCAGGGACUUGUUCCAUUGGCAAGCUACUAUCAUCGGUCCUGUGGACAGUCCAUAUGCCGGUGGAAUUUUCCUACUUAACAUCCAUUUUCCACAGGGUUACCCUUUUGAGAUGCUUAAGAUUGCUUUUACAACAAAAAUUUUCCACCCAAAUAUAAACAUAAAUGGAACCAUAUGCCCUGCAAUGUUCGAGGACUUCCAACCUGCGCACACCAUUUCCAAGGUGUUACUUAUUAUUUCAGCUUUGUUGGCGGAUCCAGUCGUUGAUGAUCCUUUGGUGCCUGAGAUUGCUUACCUGUACAGGACAAACAAGAAGAAGUAUCAAGCCAUUGCAAGGAGUUGGACUCAGAAGUAUGCCUUGGGCUAG